CCAUGAGCCGGCUGCUGCUAGCUGUGGUGCUGGUGCUCAGCUGCCUGGGGCUGGGCCUGGCCCUGCAGUGCCUCAAGUGCAGCUUCACGGUCUUCGACCUGCCGUGUCACACGAGCCCUGUAACCUGUGAGGCCGAGCAGGCCUGUGCCAUCAUCCAUGGGCAUGCCGCUGGCAAAAAGUUAAUCAAGAGGAAGAACUGCGUCCCUCUCUCCAAGUGCCACAGCAAUGACACCGCCACCUACCUGGGCAUCUCCUACGUCACCAGCUAUGAGUGCUGCCAUACCGACUUCUGCAACUCCCGGGCCGGUGCUGGGCCCCACCUCCCAUUGGCCACGGGGCUAGUUGCUCUGGGGGUGUGGCUGGCCAGGGGCUUCUAGCCCUGCCCCCACCCCAGUCAUGGGAAGAAACAGGUUGGGGUGGAGAAGUUGGGAGUGGAAAGAGUUUUACAUUUUUAUAUUUUUGCAGGAGGGCAAAAAAUCCAGUCUGAGGUUGCCUUUAAAUAGCUCCGCCCCCUUUGGGCCUUAAAGGGGUGAUCAAAAAAA